GUUGUUGAAGAAGCUCACUGGAGUAAUCUCACAGGAGAGAGCACCCAGAUCACUCCGGUGGUAAGUCCCUUUUGUCCCUCUCCGUUAGAACAAACUCAGACACAUCGAAACGUUCUGUUUAAGCUGGACAAUCCAAACAUGCCUUUCAAGAGGUUGAUAGAGGUGGAACCGCCGAGCCCGCUGAGAUACAUAAUAGGAGCGGCGCUCAUGAUGAUCGGAGUCGUAUUACCCGUCGGAUACAUGAUGUUUCGGAACAAGCGUGUCCCCACCUCUUCCUCUUACUCCAAACAGACGUAGGAACAAAGUUUUGAUAUAGAGAGACUGAAAAAUGAGAGCUUCAGAUUCGAUUUGUGGAUUGUUAUGUAUGAAGAAGAUGAGAGAGGAAAACGAUUUAACAGAUCCUCCAAGUACACAUGUAAAUUCAUUGAAAUUCCGAUUAUGUUAUAUGGAUUGUUCGGGAGUCUGAUGUCCUAUCUACCAAAUGGUAUGUGUGGAUUACAAUUCAAUUUUCCUCGUUUGAUGUUUA